GAACGGAGUGUGUCAUUAUUUUUUUGUUUUUGCAAGUCAAAAAGUUCCAGAAGCAAACUCCACAAGCAGCCCCCUCUCAUAGACAAGUGCUCUGUUGUUUCAAGUGCCCCCAAACCGCCAUAGAUGAUAUAGCAGAAAAAGAGUGAAUAAUCACAGGAUUCUAAUCCUAUGUACAUAAAAAAUGAAAUUGUUCAUUUAGAUUAAGCCAUGGCUCCUCCAUCAACAGUUAGAAAUCAGCAAUUGCAAGUAGAACAAAAUCUAAACCCAUCCACAAUAAUUCCAGGUCUACCAAACGAUUUAGCAGCAAUAAUAUUAAUAUUCGUUCCCUAUUCUCAUCAUUCACGUCUUAAAUCCAUUUGUAAAUCAUGGAAACAUUUUUACUCUUCAGCAAAAUCCGUCAUUUCUCUUCGACAAAAACAUUUACCACCCUUUUCCGUUUCACCUCUCCUUUGUUUAUUCCCACAAGAUCCUUUAAUUUCUUCACCUUAUUUAUUUGAUGCUAGGAAUCUUGCUUGGUCCCCACUUCCACCUAUGCCUUGUAACCCUCAUGUAUAUGGUCUUUGUAAUUUUACUAGUAUUUGUAUUGGUUCUCAUUUGUAUGUUUUAGGUGGGUCACUUUUUGAUACGAGGUCUUAUCCUCUUGAUUAUCCGUGUCCUACGAACGCUGUGUUUCGUUUUGAUUUUCUGAAAUUGUCUUGGGAGAUAUUGUCGCCUAUGAUUAGUCCUAGGGGGAGUUUCGCAUGUGCUGCAAUGCCUAAGAGGGAUAAGAUUUUAGUGGCGGGUGGUGGGUCGAGGCAUGCGAUGUUUGGGGCAGCGGGUAGUAGGAUGAGUUCAGUGGAGAUGUAUGAUAUUGUGAAAGAUGAGUGGGUUUCGUUGGACGGGUUACCAAGGUUUAGAGCAGGUUGUGUUGGGUUUUUUGUUGGGAGUGGAGAGGAGGAGGAGAGAGAAUUUUGGGUUAUGGGUGGAUAUGGUGAGUCGAGGACUGUCUCCGGUGUGUUUCCUGUGGAUCAAUAUUAUAGGGAUGCUGUAGUGAUGGAAAUGAAGAAUGGUGGUGGUAAGUGGAGGGAGCUUGGUGAUAUGUGGGAAGAAGGGGAAAGGUGGAAGCUUGGUAAGAUUGUGGUGGUUGAUGAUGGGCCUUCGGAAUCUCCUGCAGUAUUCAUGCUCGAUCGAGGUGAUAUUUUCAGGUAUAAAAUGACUUCCAACAGUUGGAUAAAGGAAACAAGUCUGCCAAGAAAAAUAUCUGAUGAAUCAUCAGUUGGCUUUGUUGCAUUGGACGGAGAGCUGCAUGUGAUGAGUCAUUUAAAUGGGGUAAAAUCAAACGAGUGUCAAAGAUUAAGGCAGCAGAAAAGGUCAGCAACUAUUCUUCUACAAAUAUAUCAUCCUAGGAAGAAGUCAUGGAGGUCUGUCACGACAAAGCCACCUUUUCGUCACCCUUUGGAUUUCAAAACUGCGGUUAUGUGCACCAUUCGUCUGUAGAUCUAUAUUGUUCCGUUGGUGUGCCUAUGAAGCAGUUGCUUGGUUUAAUAUAUUCUCCCUCCUACCUAUUGUGAAUGGCAUUGUAUAUCUUUCAUUGACAUGUUCUUAUUGUCAGAAUUACUGCUGUAAAAAGGAACUGUAAUAAAUGUAAUUCUCUUUAGAUC